UCAUUUUCUUUGCCGAACUUCUCGAGAAGUAUUCGGAGAAAGAAAAUGAAACAUUUCAUUACGUUAUUCUAUUUAUUUAUGGUCGCCUAUUUGUUGUCCAUAUGUCAAAAUAUGAAGUACGUUAUGAGCGCUCCUACUCAUGGGAAUAUGGAGAAUUCCGGAAGUAGAUCUAGAGGGUUUUCCAGAUAUUAUUCUAGAGGCGUUCCCUAUGGGCCAGCAAAGAAUACAGAUACGUUUCUCAAUGAAUUUAAUGAUGAUGACGACAUAUUUGACCUGUCAAAACGACAACAUUCCCCCAACUCUGACGACUAUGGACAUCUAAGAUUUGGCAAAAGAGACGAACAAUUUGAUGAUUACGGUCACAUGAGGUUCGGUAGAAAUGGCGGCGAUAAAAAGUAA